GCCCAAUCCCCCCUUUCCCUUUGAGUUUGUUCGGCAGUUCACUCAAGUCAGCAGCAGCCCCGCAUCCGUCAAGCAAGAAGCGACUGAACCUACUCAACUCUCAAGCGAGUGAGCGACUGAAGCCCGGAGGAACUCCCAGCGGGUCAGCGACGGCCGACGCCCAACUGCCCAAGUCUCGAUGGUCGAUGGAGACUGAGUGACUGUCCUCGUUCGCCACUGGUUCCCGAGUUGCCGCCUUGCCGGUAUGUUUUAAUUUAUCUUUUCUUUUGACGGUAUAUUUUAAUUGUUGAUGAAUAAUGAAUGAUUUAUGCUUCAUUGCUUUGUAAAUUGUAUAUUUGUAUUGUAUAUUAGAACCACGGUGCUUCAUUUGUAACUUGUAACUUGUAAGAUUGACCAACUAGACAUUCAUUUUGAAGUUUGGUUCAACUUUCAAGACAUAAGUGGAUUUAGUUGAAUCUCUUAAUUUUUUAAAAAUUGUUGUGUCUAACAUGGUUGAAUUAUUUGAACUUUUAAUUAUAAUUUAAUUUAUACAAUUAUACAAAUUAUACUCAUUUUAUUUCAAUUGUAGUUGGUCUAGGUUGUUUGACAACCAAUCGCUAUGUUACGAUAUUAUCCGGUCGUUCCGCCAAAACCAAAACAGCCUAGUAUUGACGUUUCUUCAUCGAAUAAUUUAGUUUCUUCAUCGGAAAAUGUCAUUCCUAACAAUGAGACUAAUGUUAAAAAAGCUCGAAUAGAGGUUGAAUUGUCGGAUGAUGACAUUGUUGGUGAUCCUGGAUUGCGUAAGCCGAUUGAGACUUAUGAUGUUAAUAUUAGAGACAAGUUGAGGAGACGUUAUUUGACAAAAGGUCCUUGCCAACCGCGCGACUUUAAAUUCCCACAAAGUGAUUUUAAUGGGCGCAACAGAUCAUUCCAAAAACAGUGGUUUGAUGAAUUUAAUUGGUUGGAGUAUAGUGUUGCUAAAGAUGCAGCAUUUAACCAUUUGUGUUAUUUGUUUGGUAGACAUCAUAAAAAUGGGGAUGAUGCUUUUACUGAAGUUGGGUUUAAUAACUGGAGGAAAGCUAAGGAAAAAUUCCGUGACCACGAAGGAACUCCAGAAAGCAUGCAUCAUUAUGCAAAAAUUAAAUGGUCUGGGUUUCAAAACCAAAAACAAAAUGUGGAUUAUGUUUUAUCUCAACAAACCAAGAAAGAUGAGCUUGAGUAUCGGUUGAGAUUAACAACUAUUGUUGAUGUAGUUCGAUUCCUUUUAGAGGGUGGUUUGGCUUUUCGAGGUCACAAUGAAUCAGCUACUUCUACGCAUUCUGGUAACUUUCUUGAACUCUUGAAAUGGGAGUGUAGACGGCAUCCACAUAUCAAUAUGGUAAUGAACUCAAAUGCUCCUGGGAAUAGUCUACUAACCUCUCCUAAAAUUCAAAAGGAGGUUAUUAAUGCUUGUGCAACUGAGGUAAGACUAGCUAUUAUUAAUGAGGUUGGUAGCAAGUUUUUCUCUUUGUUGAUUGAUGAGGCUCGGGAUAGUUCCAUAAAAGAGCAAAUGUCUGUGGUUAUAAGGUUUGUUAACAAUUGUGGGGAGGUAAUUGAGCGAUUUUUGGGAGUGGUGCAUGUUAGUAACACUUGUGCGCAGACAUUGAAAAAUGCCAUUGAUGAUUUCUUUGCAAAAUAUGGUCUUUCGUUGUCUAAGGUUCGAGGCCAAGGUUAUGAUGGGGCUUCCAAUAUGAGCGGUGCAAUUAAUGGCUUAAAACAAAAAAUAUUGGAGGAAAAUAAGCAAGCUCAUUAUGUUCAUUGUUUUGCUCAUCGCCUUCAGUUAGUGAUUGUGUCCUCUUUGAAGAGCAAUGGAAUAAUUGGUAGUUUUUUUGAUCAUCUUUUAAUGAUUGUAAAUGUGGUUGGUGCAUCAUGUAAGAGAAAAGAUGAUCUUUUACAAAAACAUUAUGAAGAUCUUGUAGGCCGUAUAGAACGUGGUGAGGUUAGCACGGGCAAGGGGAAAAAUCAAGAAAAAAGUCUAGCACGGCCAGGUGAUACUCGUUGGGGCUCCCAUUAUAAAACAAUCAUUAGAGUUGUUGAUAUGUGGGAUGCGGUCAUUGAGGUGCUUGAAGCUAUAUUUGAUGAUGGUGUUGAUCUCAAAAGACGAGUGAAAAGGCAGAAGACAGUUGAUGGUAGUCCGAAGACUUAUUUACACUAUUUUCAUGUUGACAUUUUUCUCGAGGUUAUUGAUCGUCUUACUCAAGAGAUGAAUAAUCGUUUUACCGAGACAAGUUCGGAGCUAUUAAUGUGCAUAGCAUCGUUGAGUCCCAAAGACUCGUUCUCCAAUUUUGAUGUGAAGCGACUACUUCGUCUUGCCGAAUUAUACCCAGAUGAUUUUAGUUCAAGAGACAAAUUUGAACUAAAUGAACAACUUAGGGUGUUCAUUACAUUUGUCAAAUCAUCUCCACAGUUUUUAGGCCUACAAACUAUUGGAGAUUUGGCAAAAACAUUGGUUGGAACAGAGUGGCACACAACUUAUAAGUUAGUGUACCGACUCAUUCAAUUGGCAUUGGUUUUACCUGUUACAACCGCCACAGUUGAAAGAUCUUUCUCGACGAUGAAGUAUAUCAAGAAUGAUUUGCGCAACAAGAUUGGAGAAGAAUACUUGACAGAUUGCUUGGUGUGCUACAUUGAAAAAGAUAUAUUUGUUAAAAUUGAUAAUGAAGUCAUUAUGAGGCGAUUUCAAAGUAUGGCACCUCGAAGACAAAGAUUGCCGCCUCUCAAUGAUUCUCCUUCGGUUGACGCGUCAUGUUCUAAUCAAAAUUAAGGUACUGUUUAAGCAAUUACUUUUAUAGUUUUUUUUUUUGCUUUAUUCAUGAUGCAUAUGAUUUUUUUAGAGUAGUAUAUAGUUUCUUUGUUAUUGUGCCCCUGCGAGCCACAAAUCCUGGUUCCGCCACUGCUCAUGAUUAGACACCAUCUAAAUCAUGUCAUCAUUCAUUUCUUCAUCAAUUCAUUAUUGUUAUUUUUUAUAACUGUGUCAUUUUUUCAUAAGGAGGCCCACACCAUGGACGGAUUUGGCUCCGAUACCAUGUUAAGAUCUGGGGUUCCAUUCUAAAAGAUCAACCUGAUAGGAGGAGUAAUCCAGAUCUUAAUAUAGCACUUCAUUCCUUCACAAGUUUCGGGUGUGGGAAUUCAACAGCAGGGGGCGGCAAUAGGAAAAUUCUCACGGACUGAGAGGAAGGCAUAGCAGGAGUUUGAGAGUGUCGGUCAGACAAAGUUCUUCCUUGUAACUCAAUCCCGACAAGAUCCAAUUAGGGUUGUGCGACUGGAGGUCAAGAUGAUGGCGAUUGGCAUUUGGCGGCGCAUUUUUUUGUGGCGAAAGUGGAGGCUUGACAGAGAAUACGAUGAAUAAGAGGUAAGGUGAUCGAGGAAGAAGUUACAGUUUUGCUGGCUCGCCCCCAUCCUAAACCGCCUCCGUAGAGUGCAAGAGAAUCUAGCAUUUGAAAGAAAAUGAGUGAACUCUAUGGCUCGCCUAGCACAAAGAUGAGGAUCUUGAAGGCGCUACAUGAAGAAGGCGGAGCGGGGGGGGGGGGGGGGGGGGGGGCUCCAUCAGUUUAAUUACCUGCUUUAAUUUCUUUUUAUUUAAUUUAAGUUUUUGUAAUUAAGUACUCUGUUGUUAGCGUUAUCAUUGUCUUUGGGGGAAGUAGGUUUAUCUAUUGCUUUUUUGGCGAGUUAUUAUUUUGUUUGGAAGCAAUCAGGUCGUGUUGACCGAUAAUAGCUUCGAAGUUCUUGCAUGUUUAACGAUUAGUCACGCUUAAUUUUGGGUGCUCUAUUCUAUCACUACAAGAAUUCACGCGAUUUAGUGGCGGAAUAUCCGUCGCUAAUUC